AUGUCCGACCAACCGCCCGAGAACACGCGGGGCAAGACUCCUCGGUCGAAGAAUGAUCGCGACACGGAUCUAUCACGACCAGCAGCAGAACCCUCCUCCUCUCCAACGAAGUCACCCUCAAACAAUCCCUCCACACAAUCCCUCGCAAGCCGCAUCCAAAGCUCCGCGACCAAUCUAGCGCGCUGCGCAUUCCACCCCCCAGCUCAGGAGCCGAAGUCUCCCGCACGCUGGCAAGGACCACGAACGGCAAAGCCGCCGGACCAUCUUCCCUCCCUUCCUCAUCUACACAAUACCACACCGCAAGCCACGAUGUCGUCGGGGGGGUUUACGUUGCCGCCGCUGACAGAAGAGGAGUUCCAACAGCAACGACAUCACUUCGACGAUGGGGGGAUUGUUCUGAGGGAUAGGGACGGGGACGGGGGUAGUAUUGAUCCUCUUGAUCCGCUACAAUCGGAAACGGGGAACUGGAAGGGCAAACAGCGGGCCUAUGAUCCCGUGCAGCGGAGAUUCGACACGACCUGGGAACGCGGCCAGCCUACCUCUUUCCAGGGAAUAGAUGGCAGCAGCAGCCAAGCCCAGAUAAAUUCCACAGACGGCGCAAGUGUCGUAUCCCUCCUCUCUGAUCCUGCCUUCGACGCCGGGUUCUCGACCCCAACAGAUACCGGCGACGAAGAGCCGGAACUGGAAACAGACCUCGCUUUCUCGGAACCUCCACCGCUUACGCCCGCUGAGAUGGAGAUGCUGGAUUCGUUCCGUCGACAGAUGACUCCUCCACCGCCUCAUUCGAUACAGUCUCAACACCUAACAUCACUCAGCCUCGUACCUGAUAUAGACACGUUCCUUCAGCAGAACGACACCUCCGCAGCAUCCGAAACAGCCUCGACCUCUUUGCGGGAUAAUGUACUCUCCCAUCUUCCCGGCGCAACAGAUUGGAUCGGUGUGCAGGAUCGGUAUCACGAUGAAGUGUGGGGGUUUUUACGGCCUGCGUUGGAGGCUGCGAAGACGGAGAUGGAGGAGAAGAGACAAGGUCCGCACAAUGAAGAUAAAGAUGGGCCUGCGGUGCGGAGGUUGAAGAUGAUAUUGAAGCAUAUGGGGACUUGA